AUGGAGGCACAGGAACUCUGUGGUGGUGGUAUAUCGCACGCGUCACCCCCCGGAGUGGACAACGUGGCCUCCCAGUUCGCGGAAACAGAAGAUAUGCCAGUCACCCCAACGCCAAUCCGUUGGCGAUCUGGAAACAUGAUGCAACCUGAAUUCAAUGAAGGUAGCAUGGAGAGUGCAAGCAUGGAUGAAAAUGAGGGCCAGGAACACUGGCAAACCAGAGGAUCCAGCAGGGCCCCCAGCCGGGCCCCCAGCUGGGCCAAUGUGAGCAAACACGCCCAGGUGUUGGUGGGUGCUUUGGAAGCAGCCCAGAACCAACAAGAAAUGUUUCAAAUGGUCCAGGAACAGGUACAGGCACACCUAGCAGAGGAGCUGUCCAACUGGAGAGCAGAACAGCAGGUUCAUGAAGGACUCUAUCUAGAGCGGGUCACAAAGCUGGAACUGGAAGUUAGCAAGCUUCGCACAGAGCUCACAGAAGCCCAGAACACUAUCCAACGAAUCAAACCAAUGAAGCAAGACACACCAACAACAACCAAUGCCCAAUCAAGCCAAAUGAACCAACACAAUAGCAGCAAGGUCCCCAAGAUAAGGGAAGCAACAAGCCAAAAGUCAAGGCAACAACCCACAUUUGCAGACCUAGCUACGCUGCUUUCCACUAGACCUGGAGGGCAGGAAUGGCAGGAGGUCACCAAAAAGAAGCAGAAGAACCGGCAAAUCCAAGCAGUUGCUGCAGUUAGCCAGCCUGAUCCAAUCAAGCUUAAGCCAGCCAAAGACACCCCCAAAGAGGCACGGAGAUUCCUAUUUCGCCGGGAGGGAGGCAAGGCUGCCCCAAGAUCAGAGAGAGAGGAUAUCAUUCUGGCCAUCAACCGAGCAGUAGCAAAGGCACACUUCCCAGCAUUCAUCCGGGUAGUGGACGCAGGAUAUACCAACACUGGAGUGAUCACAAUCCUUUUGGAGAAAGGUACCCUAGGCUCUAUGCUCCUACCUGACUAUAAAGACCUAUUGGUCACUGCAGCUUGGCAGGCGGAUCCAGCAGUGAUAUCGGUCGAGCUACCUGAGCAAUGGUACCGUGUCAAGGUCCAUGGGGUCCCAAUUAAACGUUAUCUCACCUGUGGCCUGGCUCUGGCCCGUGAAGAGAUUGAGCUGGGGACUGAAUACCAGCUGAAGAGGAACCCAACAUGGCUCCGGAGCUCAAAAGAGCUACACACCAGCAACCAAAAGUGCUCAACUAUUGUUAUUACAGUUGGCUCACUAGAGGCUCGAAGGCUUCUUAUCAACAGCAUUCGCUUUGGGGGGUCCCGAUAUAAGACGGAGCAAUACUGGGAAACAGGAGUGGAUACAGUCUGCCCCAGGUGCUGCCAGCUAGGCCACUGA